AUGUCUACCGUUGAUUCCGCUGGAAGAUCCCGUGUGGGAACCGAAAAUACUCCCGUUAAAUCUGGUUCAGAAGAAACUGGUGGAAAGAAAAAACGCGUCGUUAAAGUCGGAGCUAAGAGUUCUUCAAAAGUCACCAAAAGCUUUAAAGCUGGUCUUACUUUUCCUGUUAGUCGUAUGGGUCGUCUCCUAAAGAAAGGUCGUUACGCAGAACGUGUAGGAGCAGGUGCUCCAGUUUAUUUGGCUGCCGUUAUUGAAUAUUUGACUGCUGAAGUUCUCGAACUUGCUGGUAACGCUGCACGUGACAACAAAAAACAAAGAAUUAUUCCAAGACAUUUGCAGUUGGCUGUACGAAAUGACGAAGAGUUAAGCAUCUUGUUGAGAAAUGUUCAUAUUACCGAGGGCGGUGUACUUCCAAAUAUUCAUUCAGAAUUACUUCCUAAGAAGAAAGGUGAUAA